ACGCCGAGAAGAAAUGAGCAAAGCGAACUCGUCGGGUCUCCUCCGCUCUGCCAGUGGACGUUUUCUUCUCGAGGUCUUCUUCUGUCUUAGGAAGCCGGACCCUGCCAAGGUGUCAGCGCAGCUUCCCAAAAGCGUCCGAGCGCAAGGAGACAAGGCGGCACUUUUUCUUCCGCGAAAAACGAGAGACACAGACCCUAAAGAAUCCGAAACGCAGCACAGAUGGAUUCUCUCAGGCCGCCUGUGGGCGUCGAUGAACUGCAAAGCUCUCUCGUAGCAUGCUACGAGAGAAUCAACGGCAGGCGAACGUCCGAGUACAGCCAGCAAGAGGUGCUCUUGCUUCUGCAGGACUGCUGCUACUUUUCAGUGGUGGAACAGAUCCUCAGAGAGGUCGCGCUGCUUGAAGGUGGGUGUGUGGACGACUUCGACGCGAAAGAUUUCAUCGCCUUCGUCAGAUCGCGAGGGUAUCGUCUCCCAGAAUUGUUGACGCGAGAGGCUCUCGCCGACUUUGCCUUGAAACGAAUUCUGCUUUACAACCUUCUCGCAGAUUUGCAGUCGUGCCGCCUCGUCGCGAAAAAGCGCCUCUCGGCGGCGCUGUCCGUUCCGAGUGCUGCGAACUUCGGGAGUGUAUGUACACCCGAGGCUGAGGCGGCGGAGCAGGCGCAUGCAAGUUUGGAGGCGAUAAAAACUAUCUGCGGAUCUGUCGGACUUUCUACCGACUUUUCGUCUCUGCAUGAGGCAGUCCAGAAGGGUCACUUUGCGCAAGCUGCUCGAAAGAUUGCCGAGGGCCCUGUCCCCGCGAGCGCGCAUGCGCUGGUACCAGCCUUGCCAGUGAACGAUGCAGAUCGGAGUUCGCUCCUCAAGAACUUGGAGCUGAUCACACACGUACUCGAGAAAGAAUAUCUGCUGAGACGUCGCGCCAUGCUUCGACGCCUCGACGUGACUGUCCAGGCCUUCCUGUGGUCCAAGCGCGCAGCGGACCACGAAGCUGCAAUCGCGGCCCUGCUGCAGGGGAUGAUGACAUGGCGAGAGAAGCACUUGAACAAGAACGUCAAUUUGUUUGACGUCUUCGCGGUUGAAAAAGAUCUGUUGACGGCGCGUCUGUCGCGUCCAGUUUCGAGUGCUGAGCCUGCGAAGCCAGUUCUGUCGAUCAAGACGUUGAUCAUCGGUCCGGUGCCUGACCGCGGAGGCAUCCCAGAUGGCUACAGCAUGCAGCAGGUCCAGAGCGAUGUGAGAAGGGCAAAUGAGUGGAUGCGCCAUAAAGACGGCGACCGUUCUGACCACAGAGGCGAGUUGCGCAGAGGCGGCGCGCACUGGGGCAGACGCAGUGAGGCACCGGCGCGAACGGUCGCUUCCGCAAACUCGACGUUCUCUGCUGCUCGAACGUCUGCGUCUUCUUCUGCAAGUGCUUUCUCUUCCUCGCCGCAUCGCCCUCCUGUCGCCGAGAGAGGCCUCCCAGAGCAUGCAGAGAGAAGACAUGCUUUCAGGACUUCUCAGAGUCGACCAUCAGGGACGUCUUCGCGAGCAGCACGACGAGGCGCAGGAGGCGGUUUCGGUGGACGAGCAGCAGACCGGCCAGCCACAUGGAAUGCGGCGUUGUAA